ACCUUCUGCUCGGACUCGGUUUCAGUUUAGCCCGAUCGUUUGAUCUUCUUCCCCACCCGCCUUCCUCUCAUCUUCCUACUUUGCUCGCACCUCCUCCAGUUCUCUCUCUCUCUCUCUCUCAAUGGAAAAGAAGCUCGUGCAGUACUCAGUGGUGGACGCGUUCACCGGCACGGCCUUCAAGGGCAACCCAGCGGCGGUGUGCAUCUUGGAAGAAGAGAGGGAGGAAGGGUGGCUUGAGGCGGUAGCCAGGGAGUUCAACUUCUCGGAGACCUGUUACCUGACCCGGGCAUCGGGCUCGGAACUCGCCGGCUCGGCUGACCAGAGAUUGAGCCCGAGGUUUCGGCUCAGGUGGUUCACUCCAGUUGAGGAAGUUGAGCUCUGCGGUCAUGCGACGCUAGCUGCAGCACACACUCUUUUCACAUCCGGGAUGGUAGAUUCUGACACCAUCGAGUUUAUGACAUUGUCCGGAAUUCUGACUGCCAAAAGGGUUCCAGAAACGAAGUCAUCCGACAGUUCGAAGAUUCAAGAUGGCUGUGUGCCCGGAAUAUGGAUUGAAUUGGAUUUACCUGUAGUCCCAAUCACUCAAGAUGAUGCCGAGCCGAUUUCAUCUGUCUCCAAAGUUCUCAAUGGCACAUCCAUUGUUGAAAUCAAGAAGACGGCACAUGAUGACCUUUUCAUUGUUCUCCCGUCAGGAAAAGAAGUUGAAGAAUUUCAGCCUCAGUUUGAUGAGAUAAAAAGAUGUCCCGGAAUGGGUAUUAUCAUCACAGGACCGGCUCACCCAGACUCGGGAUUUGAUUUUGUCAGUCGAUUCUUUUACCCGAAACUCGGGUUGAAUGAGGAUCCUGUAAGUGGCAGUGCACAUUGUGCUUUGGCACAUUAUUGGAGUGAAAGGCUGGGGAAAAAUGAUUUUGUUGCCUAUGCUGCAUCCCCUAGAGGUGCAGUAGUGAAGGUGCACUUGGACGAGCAGAACCAGAGAGUGAUGUUGCGUGGCAAAGCUGUAACUGUAAUGAGGGGCUCUCUUCUUGCUUAAGAGUUUCUAGCGUUUCUUCUUGUUUCUGAACUUAUAGCGCGUGGCCAAUGCUGUACGCGAGACAGAACUGAAAUAAAUGAGCUUAUGUCGUGGA